AUGAUUAACCAGUUACCAGAUUGUUUGCUUUGUGAGAUACUUUUCCAUCUUCCCACGGAGGAUGUUGUCAGGACUAGCCUUGUAUGUCGCAGAUGGAGAAAUCUCUGGCAAGACGUGCCUGGGUUGGAUUUGGAGAUCGAUGGUUUUGCUAAAUACGAGUUUUUCAAUAG